UUGUACGUCUCCCAAAAGCUAAGUGGCCAAACUAAUUAAUUAAGAUCUCUCCUAUAUAUCCAGAGUUCAAUAUAUACAUGGAAAAGCCCCCAAUCUCCAAUUGCUGCAAUAGCAUGGAACAUGAGAGUUCUUCAAGGUCAACGUCCACAACGACUUGGGCAGGAGCUGAGGACAAUAUUAUAUUGAACCCAGAAUUUGAGGACGGUCUAAACAACUGGACAGGAAGAGGGUGCAAGAUUGUUUUAUUGAAUGAUCUUACUUCUAUCACAAACGGUGAGGAAAACAUGUCAUCACUAUCUUCUGAAAAGGCUUUUGCAUGUGCAAAAGAACGAACACAAGAUUGGAAUGGGAUCCAGCAAGACAUAACAGGAAGAGUGCAACGAAAGCUUGCAUAUGAGGCUAUCGCCAUCGUACGGAUACGUGACGGCUCUGGUGGGGGUGGUAAGGUAAACAAUGCUGAAGUUCGUGCCACAUUGUGGCUUCAAUUCAAUGAUCAUCGUGAACAGUACAUUGGCAUCGCGAGGGUGCAAGCAUCAGACACAGAUUGGACAAAGUUACAAGGAAAGUUUCUUAUAAAUGGCUCUCCUUCAAAGCUAGUUAUAUUUUUGGAAGGUCCACCUCCAGGCAUUGAAGUAAUUGUUAAAUCCUUUAAUGUAAAACAUGCUACUACAGUUCCUCCAUCUCCCCCGCCGGUGAUUGAGAAUCCUGGUUACGGCGUUAACAUUAUUAUAAAUAGCAAUCUCGAUGACGGGACAACAAAUGGGUGGUUCCCACUUGGCAAUUGUACUAUGAUUACUGCAAGUGGCUCUCCACAUAUACUUCCCCCGAUUGCUAGAUAUUCAUUAGGAGUUUGUUCACUCUUAAGUGGUCGAUAUCUUCUUGUGACUAAUCGCACUCAAAUAUGGAUGGGUCCCGCACAAAUGAUCACUGAUAAAGUUAAACCUUACCUGACAUAUCAAGUCUCUGCAUGGAUCAAAAUAGGAAAUUACACAACUAAUGGUCCUCAAAUCAUAAACAUUGCCUUUGGAGUGGACAACGAAUAUGUGAGCGGCGGCCAAGUUGAGAUUAAUGAUGACACGUGGCAUGAAAUUUGUGGGGCCUUCAGAAUUGAGAAACAACCAACUAAGGUAAUGGUCUAUAUUCAAGGUCCUGUUGCAGGUGUUGAUCUGAUGGUUGCUGGGCUUCAUAUUUUUGCUGUUGAUAGAAAGGCUCGUUUUAAGCAUUUGAAGAAACAAACUGAUAAGAUACGCAAGCGUGACGUCAUCUUGAAAUUCUCAGGAUUGGGGUCGAGCAGUUCCUUGAGAACCUUUGUGAAAGUAAAACAGACACAAAAUAGCUUCCCUUUUGGAUCAUGUAUCAAUAGAUCACAAAUAGACAAUGAAGAUUUCAACAAUUUUUUCAUUAAGAACUUCAAUUGGGCUGUGUUUGGGAACGAAUUAAAGUGGUACUCGACAGAACCGCAACAGGGACAACUAAACUAUAAAGACGCAGAUGAGAUGUUGGACUUCUGCACAAUGAACAACAUUCAAGUGCGUGGGCAUUGUAUAUUUUGGGAGGUGGAAUCAACGGUUCAACCAUGGAUACGUUCUUUGACCAAAAGUGAUAUGUUAGCCGCUGUUCAGAAUCGUCUAACUAGCUUGCUCACACGCUACAAGGGCAAAUUCCCACAUUACGAUGUGAACAAUGAGAUGUUACACGGUUCAUUCUAUCAAGAUCACUUGGGUAAAGAAAUUAGAGCAAAUAUGUUCAAAACUGCACACCAACUUGACCCUUCUUCCAUCUUGUUUGUCAAUGAUUACCAUGUUGAGGAUUAUGUAGAUGCUCGAUCAUCACCUCAAAGGUACAUAGAGCAAAUUCUUGAUCUCCAAAGUCAAGGGGCACUUGUAGGAGGGGUAGGCAUUCAAGGACAUAUUGACAACCCCAUUGGUUCACUUGUUUGUUCGACACUAGAUCAGAUGGGGAUACUUGGACUCCCAAUUUGGUUCACCGAAGUGGACGUGUCUUGUGGAAACGAAUAUGUUAGGGCUGACGAUUUAGAGGUCAUGCUUCGAGAAUGUUUUGCUCACCCUACGGUGGAAGGUAUAAUGUUGUGGGGGUUUUGGGAGCUUUUUAUGAGUCGAGAAAACGCGUAUUUAGUGAAUGCAGAAGGAGAAGUAAAUGAAGCUGGCAAAAGAUUACUUGCUUUGAAGCAAGAAUGGUUGACCCACUCUCAUGGUCAUAUUGAUCAUGACGUGGAACAAUAUUUCUUUAGAGGGUUCCAUGGAUCUUAUGAAGUUGAAGUCAUUACUGCCUCAAAGAAAAUUACAAAGACAUUUCUUGUUGAAAAGGGUUAUGAUUCGUUGAUAAUCUCCAUUGAUUUACAAUAACUUCUUUUUUUCAUAAUUGUUCGCACAACUCUAUAAACAAGUUAGUCAUGUUUUAAUCUUUAUAGUUCUAAUGAGUGUACGACUGUGGGAAAUGUAUUCAAAGGUCUUUGAUUUUAUUCUUUAAUGUAUCAUUAUUCUUUGUCCUCACUAUUGUGUAUAUAAUCUAUUGAGGUAUUCAUGUGCCACAUUACUUCUCA